AUAUAUCAUCUGCCGCAGAACAGGGUUGGGUUCUUUUCAACGGGGCGUCUGUGUGACAAAGGUCUGAUUUAUCAAAUUUUCCGGAUCCGCAACAGGUUGCUGUUAGAGAAGAAAUGGCUGAGCUUGCCGAAUACAUCAUUAAAUACAAGGCCGCACGUGCUGGCUUGGAGCUACUGGGAACCAUCUUCGCUAAAGAUGACUUCGAUGCUGAGGAAGAUGCCAAGACACUCAAAGAGGCCAUGAAGGGAUUUGGCACCGAUGAGGAUGCAAUCAUCGAGUUAAUUACCGACAGGACUUCCGAAGAGCGCCAACAAAUCGCCUGGAAGUACAAGGCUUGCUACGGCGAGAGCCUUGUGGAUGACUUGAAGCGGGAGCUGAGAGGCAAUUUGGAGGAUGCUGUCGAAGCCGUGAUGCUCCCAGCGCCUGUCUACGACGCCAAGACACUGCGUAAUGCAAUGAGAGGUGCUGGCACGGACGAAAAGACGAUCAUUGAGAUCAUGUGCACGAGGAUGAACGAGGAAAUCGAGGCGAUCAAGAUGGCCUACAACAUAAUUUAUGAUCGCGAUCUCGGAGAGGAUCUUUACAACGAGACAUCUGGAGAUUUCAAACACCUCAUGCUGGCAAUCUAUGCGUGUGCACGCGAUGAAAGUGACGAGGUGGAUGAAGACAAAGCCAAGGAGGAUGCCCAAGAACUCCUCGAUGCCGGUGAGGAUCGUUGGGGUACAGAUGAGAGCACAUUCAACCGCAUCCUGGCCACCAGGAACUUCGAGCAGUUGAAGGAAACCUUCAAGCAGUACAAAGAGAUUGCCGACUGCGACAUCGAGGAGUCCAUUAGGAGUGAGACCAGCGGGAACCUACAGGAAGGAUACCUGGCCAUUGUUUCCCGCGCAAAGAGCUGUGCCGAGUUCUUUGCAGACCGCAUGUACGACUCGAUGAAAGGCGCCGGGACAGACGAUGAACGUCUCAUCAGAUGUAUUGUCACACGCUCUGAGAUCGACAUGAAGAGCAUCAGGAUUGCCUUCUUCCUGAAGUACGGCGUGGGCCUGAAAAGCUUCAUCGAGGCCGACUGCUCUGGGGAUUACGCCAAACUGCUCGUUGCUCUGGUCAAGGCGGAUGAGGAUUAGAGCGCCGCCAAGAGGGCAAACAGAGCCAAUUACUUAUUAAUCAAAAUAGCAUCAAUCAAUAGACAUUAGAGCCUGCACUGAGGCCAACUCUGAGGGAGUCUUUUGUUGUUGAAAUAAAAAAUAAUAAAAAUACAAAGUGUCAACAUGUACUCAUGACAAACAUGAAGGAACAAAGGCACUGCCCUCAGAUGUGACGUCAGAUGCAAUGCAUCUAUACCCAAGUAGCUACAUCGACAUACUAGGCAGUUAAAUAUGCUCCAUGGCCAUCCAAAUUCCGCACACAAUAUGCUAUACUAGAUACUGAAAUAAAUCUAGAUUUGCUUAGUAAUAAUUUGCAUUUAUUUUUUCUCAUUGUUGCAUGUCUUUGGAAUCCAAAUAUCAAACAUCCAUUAAUUUCAAUAGUCGUGGACAAUAAUGUUACGAUUACAAAUUCUUGAUGGAUUUUUUUAUUUGCACUUAAAUAUUAAAAAAGUGAAUAAUUACACAGUUUAGUAAAAAAAAUUUGGUUCAACAACUUCCAUUAAAUUAUCUUACAGUCAGGUCACAGCUAGACGCCGAAUUAACGAUUAGUUUUUAAGAAUUCCAAUUAUUUUUGAGUUGCCUUAGUUAAAUGAAAUAGGAGCGCAUGCGUACAUCGUUCCAAGCUGGGUAAACAGACAAAUUAUUACUGGCAGACAUUUUAAUAUUCAAAUCAACGCUUCAGCAUACUUUCUUCUCAAAGAAAUUCUGGUAUACGGAUUUUGGGGUUCAGCUAAAUGUUAGUUUGCUUAACUUAAUAAGUAAGGUACAUUGUAUUAAUUUUCCUAUAUUAAGCGAUGAUAAAUAAUGCAUGUCAAGAAGAUUACCACGGAAUGUAUUUUGUUAAGUUUUCUUUAGAAACAUCAUUGUGAUUUAUUUUGUGAAUCAAAGCGGAAACAAAUGAUUCAUCGGAAAGGGCGCUUUGAAAAAAACCCGAAAAGAAACUGUUUGAAAUAAAACACAACACAAAAAAAA